CUGCCAAAUGCCUCUGACCUGCUGGGAAGCACGGUGACCCAGGAAGGAGGGCGACUGAAACCUGGAGCCGGACCGGAGCCGGACCGGAGCCGGAGGAGGAGGCGGACGGAGGCCACUGGACUUCCACUCUUUCCUCUCUUCCUGCCUCAACACUCGUUCUUGGCCAGAGCCACACGAAGUUCCCCAGGGGACCCAGCUCCAUCCUGCCCCUGUCUGGGGCCCCAGGCCCUUGGGGUUUGCAGCCCAGGAUGUCGUUAGCUGUGGAGAUCUUUGGCUUCUUCAUGGCGGCCCUGGGGCUCCUGAUGCUGGGGGUGACCCUGCCAAACAGCUACUGGAGAGUGUCCACCGUUCAUGGGAAUGUCAUCACCACCAACACCAUCUACGAGAACCUCUGGUAUAGCUGUGCCACCGACUCCCUGGGUGUCUCCAACUGCUGGGACUUCCCGUCCAUGCUGGCCCUCUCUGGCUAUAUCCAGGGCUGCCGUGCACUCAUGAUCACCGCCAUCCUCCUGGGCUUCCUGGGCCUCUUCCUAGGGAUCCUGGGACUGCGCUGCAUCAGCAUGGGGAGCAUGGUGCCCUCCACAAAAGCCAAGCUGGGGGCCACCGGGGGGACCUUCCACAUACUGGCAGGGAUCUGUGGGAUGGUGGCCAUCACCUGGUACGCAAUCAACAUCCUCCAGGACUUCUUUAACCCUCUGUAUGCUGGAACCAAGUAUGAGCUGGGCCCUGCCCUCUACCUGGGCUGGAGUGCCUCCCUGCUCUCUAUCCUGGGUGGCAUCUGCCUCUGCUCCAACUGCUGCUGCGCCUCCAAAGAGGACCGUGUCACCAGGGCCAAGCUUCCCUACAGAGCAUCCACAGUCCAGAUGCCCUCCCCAGCUUCGCAGGAAGAAGGCGAUAUCAGCUUUGGCAAAUACGGCAAAAAUGCCUAUGUGUAGGAGCUGUGGCCUGUACUUUCCACUGCCGCCGAGGGAGAGGGGAACCCAUGGAUCCCGUCCAUGCUUCCUGGAAUAAUUUUGGGCAGGCCAUGCCCCCUGUCUGGCAGCCACAUCCAGGACAUGCCCCUCACCCGGGCCAGGAUGGCUUCUGAAAACUUACCUGCGCUUCUGGGGCCGAGGGGAUGGAGGCGGCUGCCAUCGUGUGUAUUCUUUAUAAAUACAAGCACAAAUAAAUGUACACUGAGAUUC